GUCUCCGCCGAGCACUGUUAGCAUGUUUGGACGACCCAGCGUCCUGUAGGAGCCGAAUUAUUCCUAGAAAAGUGUUCAUCUCCAUCUUUAACCUUUGCAUGUGUAUGAAAUGUCCGGGUUUCAAACUCUUUCAGUGCUUCCUGUUGAUGCCCAGCAGAUGUCUGUGUGUAAAAAAGAGCCUCCUGAGCAACAGGAGUGGAGUCCCAGCCUAGAUCAGGAGGACACCAAGCCCUCACACAUUAAAGAGGAACAGGAGGAAUUUGGCAUCAGCAAUGAAAGAGAGCAGCUUCAAGGACAAGAGGAGGCUGAUAUCAAGUUCCCAAUCAGUCCUGUUCCUGUGAAGACUGAAGAGAAUGAGGAUAAAUCACAGUCUUUGAAACUCCAUCAAAUAAAAACAGAACAGAUGGAAACAGGAGCUGAUGGAGAGGACUGUGGAAUACCAGAACAAGCCAGGAGCUCUGAUCCAGAGAGACGUUUACAUUCAGAGAUUGAGGUCAUGAUUGAAGACUAUCCUGAACCUGAGGUUGAAGUCUGUAAAAAUGCGAAUUGCACAACAGUGUAUGAGUCAGGUUUAAAUUCUGUUGAAAGAGUUAAAGAUAAGGGAUCAAAGACCAAUGGCAUUUAUCACAGCUGUUCUGAGUGUGAUCAGAUAUUCAUUAGGAAAUGUAAUCUAACCAAUCACAUGAGAAUUCAUACAAGACAGGAACCCUUGGGCUGCUCUAAGUGUAGUGCAAGAUUUAACAGUAAAACACAUCUGGAACGACAUAUGAGAAUUCACACGGUGAAGAAAAUACUCAGCUGCCCUGAGUGUGGCAAAGGAUUUAAACUUAAAAGCAGUUUGAAGGCUCACUUGAGAGCUCACAAGGAAAAGAAACCCGUCAGCUGCCCUGAAUGUGGCAAAGGUUUUAGAGAUAGAGGCAAUCUGACGGCUCACUUGAGAACACACACAGGGGAGAAACCCUUCAGCUGCCCUGAGUGCGGCAAAAGCUAUAGACGUAAAAGUCAUAUGAUGGAUCAUUUGAGGUCUCACACAGGAGAAACACCCUUCAGUUGUACCGAGUGCGGUAAAAGAUUUAAUCGCAAGGAAUCAGUGAACCAACAUAUGUUAGUUCACAAGGAGAAGCCUUUUAGUUGCUCAGAGUGUGGUAAAACAUUCAACUUUGAGGGGUUACUAAACCAACAUAUGAAAAUUCACACAGUGUCAAAACCCUUCAGCUGCACAGAGUGUGGAAAAGCUUUUCAACGUAUGGUUAAUUUGACUCAACAUAUGUGUGUUCAUACAGAACAGAAAACCCUUAUUUGCUCAGAGUGUGGUAAAGAAUUUGGUGAUAGACAUUCUCUGAAAAGACACAUGAUGAUUCACACUGAUGAGAGGCCCUUUAGUUGCUCCGAAUGCACUAAAAGCUUCAGGAAUCAAGCAAAUUUGAAUAAACACAUGAGAGUUCACACAGGAGAAAAACCUUUAACUUGCACUUCUUGUCAUCAAAAAUUCAGAUGGCAAGCUCAGUUAAGAAAACACAAGUGUAUUUGUGUUCAUGCCUCAGCACCAUUAAAAACACAAGUUACACUAAAAGGACAGAUGGAAACAGAAGCCGAUGGAGAGUGUAGUGGAGGAUCAGAAGAAGGUAGGCACUUGGAUCCAGAUGGACAUUUACAUUCAGAGAUUGAGGUUACCAUAGAGGACUAUUCUGAACCUGAUGAUUCCUAGAGAACCAGAAACCAUCUGCCAGUUUUACCAUAAGAGCUUGGAAAAUUCCAGUCAGUCAUAAAAUGUAAUGCAAUUGACUAACAGUUGGCAUUAACCUCUGAAAAUCACACAGGAGAGAAACAGUAGAUCUCCCUCUUUGCACUAUAUCGUUAUUUACACCCUUAGUUUAAUCUAAGCACCCCUGCAAUAGUAUUACCGUUGUUACAGACAUUUUUACAGAAACUCUGCAAAUGUCAUGAUUUGUUAAGUUAUCGCUUUGAAUUAUAUGUUUUAAUAAUCAAAUUACCAUUAUCCUGUUGUCAUGUCAUAUAUUGGUUUAUUCAAAAGUCUCAGUUGGCACAGCAAGUAUAUCUUGGAUCAGUGGUUCUCAACUGUGGGGUUGGGACCCAAAAAGUUUGUCACAGAAUCUUUUUAGAUAGAUUGUUUUGGGAAGAAAUAUGAAAAAAUUAUGUGGGCAUA